UUAAACUAUCAUUGAACAAGGAAGAAAAAUAACAUGAUAUUUGGGUGGGAGUUCAUUUUGAAACUUUAUUUUUGUUUUGUUGUUACAUUUGGAUACGACAACUUGUCAAGCUUUAAAAAAGCAACACAAAGCAGCAGAAAUAAUGACACGAACGCUUCUCCUGCCAGAGCUGUUGACAGAGAUAUCACAACAUGUUCCUCUACAGGGGCAGACAACCCGGCUUGGUGGUAUGUGGAUUUAGAGGAAAUAAAAAGCAUACAUGAUAUACAGGUUUACUUUUAUGGAACAGACACAGCAAAUGGAUGUGAUUCUCCUGGAACGUAUGGAGAUAAUUGCUUUCAGAGAUGCCCAUCAAAAUGUCAAGAACAACGCUGUCACAUUAUCAACGGAACCUGUUUGGGUUGUACGGAAGGAUGGAAAGGAGAUAAGUGCGAAUAUCCGUGUCCAGAGGGGUACUAUGGAUUCGAAUGUAGACCUAUCUGUUCAAACAACUGCUUAGACAACAGAAUCUGUAAUCAUGUGACUGGGUACUGUGACAACGGCUGUUUUGAUGGAUGGUCUGGUGGACGUUGUAACAUAA